GAGAGGAAAGAUGGCGGCUGCGAUGGAUGUUGAUAGCCCGAGCGGAACAAACAGCGGGGCGAGUAAGAAGCGCUUCGAAGUGAAAAAGUGGAAUGCAGUGGCUCUGUGGGCCUGGGACAUCGUGGUGGAUAACUGUGCCAUCUGCAGAAACCACAUUAUGGAUCUCUGUAUAGAGUGCCAGGCCAACCAGGCUUCUGCUACAUCGGAGGAAUGCACAGUGGCUUGGGGAGUGUGUAAUCAUGCCUUUCAUUUCCACUGCAUCUCUCGCUGGCUGAAGACGAGGCAGGUGUGUCCCCUGGAUAACAGAGAGUGGGAGUUCCAAAAGUACGGUCACUGAACACCGACUGCAGCCUGAAUUCUCCUCUGUAAGAUCCACCAUGCAGGGCUUUCCUGGAUCAGGAUUAGUCCUAGUCUCAGACUAAACUAAAAUAAACUCAACACCAUUAAAAGUCCUUGUUAGAUUUUAGUCUGAGACUAGGUUUAAUCCCGGCACCGUGUUUCUGUACUCACCGCUUCAGAGGAAUCUCCCCUGUGCUUUAGUUUUAAGGUGGCAUGAACAUUUGUUGGUAUUUUCAAAGCGCAACACUGUUGUAAGUUAUGAAUAAAGUUGGUGUCAGACAUUCCUGUUCAAACCCCAAGUGUUUAAGCUUAAUUUCUCACUGUUACACAAUUAAACCCCUGACCGAACAAUAGAAGUAAACAGUAUUCAAGCGUUCA